AUGUCUCCUCCAGAUGGUCCACAGCGUCCCUUUGUGUCAGUGAGUCGCUCUGCUGAGAUGAUGGAGGGUGGUUCAGUGACUCUGACCUGUAGCACUGAUGCUAACCCAGCAGCUAGCUACACCUGGUACAAGGAGGAUGGAACUUCAGACCCUCGUCUUCUCAGUGAAGGACCUCAGCUGGUCUUCAGCUCCAUCCAGUCCUCUGACUCUGGAAGGUAUUCCUGUGCAGCUGAGAACCAGCUGGGGAGGAAGAGGUCUGACUUCAUCUCUAUCGAUGUGAAAUAUGCUCCGAGGGUUCCCUUCGUGUCGAUGAGCUCAUCUGGUGACAUUAUAAAGGGAAGUUCAGUGACUCUGACCUGUAGCACUGAUGCUAACCCAGCAGCUAACUACACCUGGUACAAGGAGCAUGAAGACUCACCACGAGCAUCAGGACAGAUGUUCACCAUCACUGACUUCAGAGAUGAACACAGUGGGAAUUAUUACUGUGAAGCCCAGAACGAGAUGGGACGUAGUACCUCCACCUUACUUCUGAAUGUUUUAGGUUCAGGAACAUGGAAAUCAGCCUCCGUGUGGACCAUCUCUGCAGUGCUGCUGGCCAUCGUGCUCCUCGCUGCCUUCCUGUGGAGGAGGAGAAAGAAGGCUGAAGGUGGAGAGAGACCCUCCAACAGAGCGCAGUCCAACAUGGAUCCGGUGCACGACGCUACGGCCGCUCCAGCACCGAGACAACGGGCCGAACCGCUCCACUACUCCAGCCUCCGCUUCCCCCACAGGCAGGAAGAGGCCCUCUACUGGAACAUCAGGUCAGCUCCGCCCCGCAGACAGGACCAUGACCAGCACCAGGACCUGGACCAGCAGCAGGACCAGGACCUGGACCAGGAGGUCGAAUACACUGCUGUCAGAUCGGACAAUGCCUGUGGUGCCCCGCGAACCAGGCGUCAAGAAGACGACGUGGAUUUGUUUGCUUUGUACACAACGAUCAACAAAUGAACCCCAUCUGUUUUUUAGUAAAGGGAUUAUCAUUCAUUAAAAAAGCAUUAAAAUGGGGUUUAACACUUGUUUGUAUGAUCAGUGUUUCUAAAUAAAUAUUUUAAAUAGCGUCAACAUUUUUGUUCCAUUUGCUUAUUUUAUACCGUUUAUCUUGUUAUAGUCAUGUGCUGAAUGGUCAUUAUUCCUUUAAAAGAACGAUUGACUUGAGAGCAGCUUCCUCGUGUGGCAGAGAGACAGAAGGUUCUUUCUGCAUCGAUCCAUCAUGCGGCUGUGGGAACAUUCAUGAUGCUACUAGUACAAAGUUCACUGUUUGUACAUUGACUUUAAGCCAAUCCAA